GAUUGCUUGACACAUCUGGAUUAAGCCACUUUAGCUGUUGAGCUGUCCACAUCUGGAUGUUGCUUUUCUGCGUACACAUCUGGGUUACUUGAUAUUUUGAUCUCUUAAUACAUCUGGAUUACUUUAUCCACAUAUAAAGGAUCUGGAACCCUUUAUUCCUACACAUCUGGAUUCGCUUAAUCCUCAUAUCUAAUGUGGAUCUCCUUCUUUUUGCUGGACACACCUGGAUCACUUUAUUCACAUCGAACCAAAUAUCUUUACACAUCCGGAUUGCUCGCAUACCUGGCUCUCUUUAUCCUUGCUGCUUAGGUGUCCACAUCUGGAUUGCACAUCUGGACUUAUCUUUCCAUUGGAUUAUUCUUUUAUUUGAAUCGAAGGGUUGUAAUUGAUGGAGGAGGAAAAAAACAACAGCCCUUCACCAAGAUAUACAAUGAUGUGUUUAGGUACACAUCUGGAUCUAUUUUUUUAUUCUAUCUGAAACUGCCUUAUUGAAAACAUCUGUGACUAUUUUAUAGAUACACAUCUGGACUUUAUAUAUAAAUGAAUGUAUUACAGAACUCUUUACUUAAACACACCUGGAUUGUUUUAUUUAAAAAAAAAUCAACCCACCUGGAUAUAUUUAUCGAAGCAAAACCACCCUUUACAUCUCAAUACACCUUUACACUGUUGCCUAGUGAGGCGCUUGCUGUGUGCACACCUGGAUCGGACACUUGAACCUUGGUACGUGUGAUUUAUGGCUUCAGAGUCAGAAGAAGAGGGAAGCAGCAGGUGUAAUCGGAGUCAAGUUUGCUUUGCCAGGUCGUGUAUUUAGGCUGCUGUAUUGGGUCACUAAGAAUAGAAAUGAGAGCGUGUGCAGGAUGGCAGAGAUUCUGCGCUCACUGGGGUGUGGACUUCCUAGUUUUCACACUUUCACACUUCCUUAAUGGACAUCUACGCUGAACCAGGACAUCACAAGCUGGAGCAGAUGGACUGCAGAUCAUCAGACUUGAGCAGGAAACGCACUUCAGUGAAUGUUAAGUCUGUUAGAGUCUCAAAUAACAAGAGCAGGAGACAAAAUGGUGCCAAAGUCGUGUUCUAGAGCACAGCUGUAAUCAGAUGUAUCUGUUACUGUAACUGGUAGUGGGCGUGGCCUAACAGGGCCAGGAGAUUUAUGAACAGCCGGGCACCAGCUAAUAAGAGGUAUCAACCGACAGAAUAUGAGCACGCAGCUAACUGUGCUACGCACGCGCUCUGGAUCAUUCCCAGUAUUCUGGGUGGACUUUUGCUCUACUUCCUCUCUGAUGAUCAUUGGGAGGAGAUUUCAGCGUGGCUGUAUGGCGCAGGCUUGUCAAGCCUUUUCAUCAUUUCUACAGCCUUCCACACCAUCACCUGGAAGAAGAGCCAUAUGCGGUCUGUGGAGCAGUGUUUCCACAUGUGUGACAGGAUGGUCAUCUACUUCUUCAUUGCCGCGUCCUACACACCCUGGCUAACUUUACGGGAAUUGGGUCCAUGGGCCGCUCACAUGCGCUGGGUUGUCUGGGUGAUGGCCUCUGGAGGAACUGCAUAUGUCUUCUUCUUUCAUGAGAGGUAUAAAGUGGUGGAGCUGGUCUGCUACACGGCAAUGGGAGUCUUUCCAGCGAUGGUCAUUCUGUCUAUGGCGGACAGGUCGGGUGUGUGCGAGCUGUUGGUUGGUGGUGGGUGUUACGUGUUGGGGAUGGUGUUCUUUAAAAGUGAUGGAGUGGUGCCCUUUGCGCACGCCAUAUGGCACCUGUUUGUUGCCAUGGGGGCGGGCAUCCAUUACUACGCCAUCUGGAAGUACUUGUACACACCUGGCAAUCAACAGACCAGCACCGCUCGGUGACACACACACACACACACACACGCUCUCAGUUACCUGAGUGUAUGAGAGUGUAUGUAAUGUAAAGGACGGGAUAAAUCUUUCAUUUCGUUACUAAUUGGUUUACACCCUGCUGGUGGGAAGCACAGCUACAUGUCCUGUCCUUUAUUAAUCAAUCAGGGACUAACGAUUCAGCGGUGGUGUUCGACAAAUGUUCAACUUCCUCAUUAAGUCCUCGUUAACACCUCCAUACAUUUUAAAGUUCACUGACCUCUUUAGAGUAAGCAACAUUUUUUGUUGUUGUUGUUGUUGCUGCUGCUGUUUAACAGCUGGAGCUGUUUUAAACCUAGUGGUCAAAAAUGGGAACUGCAUCCAGCACUACUAGAAGCUAAUCACACUGCCCUUGGCUUGGGGGAGGAGCAGCAGACAGGACGGGUAUUUACAGGGUUAGAAUUUUUCAGAUUUUAUUUCAAAUUGGUGCAGGAAACUAAGGAAAAUGUAAAUGCAGAUAUUGUGUCUAUAUGAUGAACAGAAAUAUGGUUAUGUUAUAAAGAGGGAAAAGUGGGAUUAUGGAGUGGGUGGAGUCUGUGGUUUAGAAUCGCUCACUGAUGCGUCUCACUGAUGAUGAGAAACAUGGCUGCUUUAUGGAACACAGUUAAACAAAUUAUACGUUUAAAUGUCACUAGCUAGUAACUGCGAUUGUCGUAGCUACUGAUUUGAGGCUACAACAAAAUCUACACUCGCUAGCCGAUCGAUGGGAUUCACGUUCACGCCACAUCAGAUGUACCUGGCGGUGUGAACAUCUCAGAGAAAACAUUACGCUUGAUUCUGGAUGAUCUCUGUGUUUCAGCACUGUUCUCGACAUGCCCUUGCUCACUUCCACUUGAAUGGAAUCUACUCAGGGGAACCACAUCGGGCUGGACUGUAGAUUUCAGUCCAUAAACUUCAAGAUAUUAUGAUAUAAUAGAAUUUCCUUUUCAAUACAACAGAAAAAAACAUUGGUUUGAUCGUUUUAUUAAUUAGGCAAUUCUGACCCCGUGAUUCUCUUUAAAGAAUUUCCAAUCUCUGACUAGGAAAAACCAAAGAAAUCCCACUCCCACAAAUGCCUACUGGGGAAAGCUGGGAAUGCCUCCUGAAACCGUCACGUCUAAACAUAAAUAUGUAAAUACAUUAUAAAACCAUGAUCAGCUAGCUAUCAGCUAUCAGCUAGUGUUCAUGGAGGUGGCCAUGACGCCACAUUGUAGCUCAAGCAUUAAAAGUUUGUAAAUUGCGACAUUCCGAGUUCAGUUUCAGUCAAAUGCAGUAUUAAAUCUAAAGUGGGCAUGGCCUAAAUGCGAACGAAAUAAGAACCUUACAUUUCUGGAAAUGCUGAAAUCUAAACAAAAUGCUAGCUGUCAGCAUGACGUGAAUUCUGGAAUUCUGAAUCAGCGAGUGUUCAUAUUUGACAUAAACAGAAACCUUUUAGAAAGUCACUUAUAUCAUUGAAAUAUUAAAUGUUUGAAUCUGUGUUAAUUAGGUGCUAGCUAGUUAACAGGAAUUUCUUCAGGUGUAUGAUGGUCGCGCCAGUACGUGAGUGGAAGACGUCAAGGGCGUGAUCACAUUUGGUCUGGGAAUCCUCAGUGUAGUCUGGAUGUAACCCCUACAGGAUCAUAAGCCACCUGCAAAACAAAGACACAUAUAAAGAGUAGGAGUGUGGCGGUCUGGGAAAACAGAACCACAGGGUUUCCUGAAAUGAAGUGUGAACAUUUACACUAACAACUCGAUCAAAAUGUGGCCCAAGUUUUCCUCAAGUGUGAAGAAAUUAGGAUUUACUGAACUGGCUCCUUACACCACCACCAAGGUCAGACUUCGCCUAAACAAAAAAAUCCUUUGCCGUUUUUGUAAUAAGUGUUUAUAUUUUCUUAACAAAAUUAUGUCAAAGUUUUAGCAGAUUUGAUCGUCCUCUUUUGGACGAUACAUGACUCAUAUGAUUCGUUUCAGCACUGAGAAAAUAUUUUGUUUCAUCAGUGAUAUGAUUCGAUUCAGCACUGAUAUGAUUCGAUUCAUCAGUGAUAUGAUUCGAUUCAGCACUGAUAUGAUUCGAUUCAGCACUUAUAUGAUUCGAUUCAGCACUGAUAUGAUUCAAUUCAGCACUUAUAUGAUUCGAUUCAGCACUGAUAUGAUUCAAUUCAGCACUUAUAUGAUUCGAUUCAGCACUGAUAUGAUUCAGUUCAGCACUGAUAUGAUUCAAUUCAGCACUGAUAUGAUUCGAUUCAGCACUGAUAUGAUUCAAUUCAGCACUGAUAUGAUUCGAUUCAACCUGAUUCAACUCUUGAGGUCAGAAGAGGUUACAGUUACAUGACGAGCUGCUAAAUGAGAAAAGAAACCAACUUCCUUGAUAUUUAGUUUGCUUUUUUUUCCUUUUGGUUUCAAAUCAAAACGUGUCGGUAUUUUACAUCUUUGAGUUUUUCCCAAACCGCCACACAGACAUUAAAUAUGUUCUACAUUUAAGAAUAAUGAGAAUCAGAGAAGUACAAUCUGUACAGUGUAGUAAAAAGUACAUGUGAUACGACGAUACUUGAAAUAUGUAUUCACUCUUCCUGCCACUGCCUAAAGCAGAAAAAGCGAGGGAUGAUCUCUUGUGUUAUCGUUUACACCGCGCUGUUUGCCGCUGAUACAGAUGCAGGACCGUUGUAUUUAUAGUGUCACUCGUCUGGGUGCGUUCUCGCCAUUCGGUGUUGUGUCUGUGUGAAAUGCCAAAAGUGCUUCGAGUUUCAGUCACAUAGUCUAGUUCAAAGUCCUAGUUUUGAGUCUUUUUUUCUGUUAGCAUUUCCCUUUGUCCCAUUUAGCUGCUAGUGUCAGUAAUAAGGGUCUAAAUCAACCAUCCAACACAGUUCGACUCAGUUCCUCAGGACCACCGAUAAUUAGCCAGAAGGAUUAGCCGGACCAGAUGAAGUCCACAGUUUUAAUUGGCUGAAGCGGCCAAAACUUUGUUCUCAGGGUUAACACAAUGUCCGGUGCCAUCACCAUCUCUCCAAAACAUUCCACUGCUGUGCAGAAAAAAAUGUACAUUUAAAUAAAAAAAAGAUCAUUAAAAUUCAAAAAUAAAAAUUACAUUUAAAAUUAAAAACAACAAAAAAAUGCUAAUCGAUAAUAUGUAUAUUAAAAAAUGGCUUAUUAUUAUUAUUAUUAUUAUCUGUAAUAUUUAAAGUGACUCUGUAGUGAAUGUAUUAUUUAUUAUUUAUUUCUACAGUAUCAUAGCUUCAGUGCACAACUCAAACCCGUAACCGAAAUCUUCAGUACUCUGAUCAUUUUAUAUCUUUCAUUUAAGUGGAAAAGGUGAAGGAAAUCUCAUAAGGGUUUCAUUAACAAUUAAGGAAACACACAAUAAAUUUUUACAAGACACCUUGUUUAGAUUAGGCUUGUGCAAUAUUGAGUUAUUUCCUGCUUGUGAUUUUGGCAUUAAAAAAAAUAAAUUAAUUAAACAAAUUUGGCAUUCUGAACAAGCAUUCUCCCCAGUCUGGGUUUAAGCAGAGAGAGAGAGAGAGAGAGAGAGAGAGAGAGAGAGCGCAAUGUAACUGUUACAGAUACAUCGAUCAGCCAUAACAUUAUGACCAGUGAGAGGUGAAGUGAAUAAGACUGAUCUCCUCAUCAUGGCACCUGUUAGUGGGUGGGAUAUAUCAGGCAGCAAGUGAACAUUUUGUCCUCAAGGUUGAUGUGUUAGAAACAGGAAAAAUGGACAAGCGUAAGGAUUUGAGCGAAUUUGACAAAGAUCCAAAUUGUGAUGGCUAGACCACUGGAUCAGAACAUCUCCAAAACUGCAGCUCUUGUGGGGUGUUCCCCAGUGGUCAGUAUCUAUCAAAAGUGGUCCAAGGAAGGAACAGUGGUGAACCGGUGACAGGGUCAUGGGCAGACAAGGCUCAUUGAUGGACGUGGGGAGAGAAGGCUGAUGAGCUACUGUUGCUCAAAUUGCUGAAGAAGUUAAUGCUGGUUCUGAUAGAAAGGGGUCAGAAUACACAGUGCAUCACAGUUUGUUGUGUAUGGGGCUGCAUAGCUGCAGACCAGUCAGGGUGCCCAUGCUGACCCCUGUGCACCGCAGAAAGCACCAACAAUGGCCAUGUGAGCAUCAGAACUGGACCACGGAGCAAUGGAAGAAGGUCUGAUGAAUCUUUUCUUUUACAUCACGUGGAUGGCUGGGUGCAACAAAGCAUGGUGGUUUGGUUCAGGAAUGGUUUGAUAAAUGCAACAACCAGUUUGAGGCUGUUUCCUCAGAUCUCAAUCCUGUCCAGCAUCUGUGGGAUGUGCUGGACAAACAACUCUGAUCCAUGGAGGCCCCACCCUGUGACUUACAGGACUUCAAGGAUCUGCUGCUAACUUCUUGGUGCCAGAUACCACAGCACACCUUCAGGGAUCUAGUGGAGUCGAUGCCUCGGCGAUUCAGGGCUGUUUUGGCAGCAAAAGGGGGACCAACACAAUAUUCGGCAGGUGGUCAUAAUGUUAUGCCUGAUCAGUGUAUUACUAUGUGGGGUCAGGAACUGCUUGGUAGCAGCACCAAUUUGCAUAAGCUUUGAAUAGGUGCUUCUGAGGUGAUUCUGCAAGUAAAGGGUGUUUUAAAAGAAACACUAGUACAUUUCUAAAAUAAUCUUUUUAUAAAACGCUCAGUUAUUGUCCACAUGGGUAACAAUGUCUCUGUUGAGUCUGAACUUAUCUGGUGCAGGAAGGGAAAAAUAAUAAUUAAAAAAAAUAGAUUGCAUUUCAUAUUAUGGAGCUGAAAUCUUUCAGAAUUUAGGUGUAUUUGUAAUAUUAGCACUCACAGGAAAUGUCACAGGAUAUCAUGGAUAUAUUGCAGGAAAGAUUCAAUUGUUAUAUUGCACAAGCCUAAUAUAUAUAUAUAUAUAUUUAAUAUAAUUUAAUAUAAUAUCUCUCUAUCUCUCUUUUCUCAGAAAAAGCACUUAAAAGAUUCUUUCUUUACUUUCUGAUUAUUUUCUUCCAGAACUUUCUAAACUAAAUAAUAAAAGACAAUGUGAAAAUGAUUGUGGAAGGUAUUGUUUCACAUUCAAGGACUGUGGAAGCUAACACGCUAGAGCAGAACAGUGUUAACAAAAUAUAGCAAGCAUUCAUUUCUAAACAACGCUCUUGUUAAAUUAUCGGCACCAAAUCGCGGAUCAGAGGCGAGUCGAGUCAGUGUCGUGUUUCCACCGCUGUUGCCUAAACCUUUAUCCUGCUCAAGUUUGCAAAAUUGUAUAAAAAAACCCCACAAUUUCUAUGAAUGUUUCUCCUUCCUCUUAUUUAGACGAUCCCCUUGGAGGGUGUGUUCUCAGUGGUGGAGUCACAGCUAUUCAUUUCCUUUACAUUAGUGCUACUAAUCCAAAUCUCAUUCAGAUACUGAUAUACAGUUAUUAAAGCUUUGAGCUUCUGUGUGACUGUAGAAACGCUGUGUAGUUAGUUCGCUUAAACUUUUACCGCAUUUACGACGGUUACUUACGUACGCUGGAGUUACUGCCUGUAUAAAAAAUCUAAAUAAAUAUAUAAAUAUGUUAAAAAAAAAAAAAUCAACUAAACACUCUGACCUCACUUUUGCAUUUUGGUAGAGAACUGGAGACUAGUUCAAAAUGUAUUUAUUUAUUUAUUUUAUUUUAUUUUUUACAUUUAUUUAUUUAAUUCAUUCAUUUUUUAAAUGUAUGUAUUUGAUUCAUUAAAACUUUUAUUUACUUAAUUACAUUUUUAUUUAUUUAUUUAUUUACUCAUUUAUUUUAAAGAUGGCAAAAUCCACGACCACAUUUCAGUAUCAGUAUCAGUAUCGAUUCCAGGAAAAAAUAAAAAUAAAAAAUAAAAAAACGAGAUAGACAUAUAGAGAAAGGCAGCGAUUGGAUUUGAAAAAAAAAAACCUAGAUUUUUUGGAAGAGAAAAUGUUUUCUUUAGUAAGGAUUCUCAUACUGAAGUAUUUAUUAUUAUAUUUCCCAAUUUUUGUGUGAAUAUCGGGGUAUACGGUAUGGUAUUUUGUGAAAGGGAAGGGAAAGAAAAAGUAGUAUUGUGCCAUCUCAUUAAUUAAUUAAUUAAUUUAUUUAUUUAUUUAAUUCAUUAUACCUUUUUAAUUAAUAUAUUUAAUUCAUUAAUUUUUUUAUUUACUUAUUUAAUUACAUCUGUAUUUUUGUAACACUGUUUAUUUAUUUAUUUAGUUAGUUAGUUAGUUACUCAUUUAUUUUAAAGUUGGCUAAAUCCAUGACCACAUUUCAGUAUCAGUAUCAAUUUUAUUUAAAUUAAUUAAUUAUUUAUUUUUGGACAAUCUUUUGAUUUCUUUGUGUUUUUCUAAUUAUUUUUCUUUUUUUAAAAAAAAAAGUUUUAUUUUCUAUUGUUGUAUAUAUGUAUAGAACUUAUUUUUAAUCCCUAUUUUAUUUUGGAUUUAUCGUGUCCACUUGAACAGAGACAAAUUUCUCACUCUGAUAAAAAACAGCUCUCACUGCCACAUUACAUUAAAACUCCCUACUUUUCUUUUCUUUUUUUUUUUAAAUUGGGUUGAUUGAAAAUUCAGGAAAUUGUGAAUUAAUUUAAAAAAAUCCGAGCAUGUAGAAUAAAGUCAGCGGAUAAAUCUACAUUUUUUGAACAUGCCUUAUCGCUGCUUGUGAAUUAAACUCAAUCCUAAUUCAGGCCUUAAUGGAAAACUGAACUGACCACGUUCAUUUUUUUUUCUUCUUUUUGAGCUAGAGUUUAGUCUUUGAGAUGGAUUAAACUUGGAUUUGUGUUUAAACCUACAGUACGGCGGAGGUCAUUGUAAAUAUCAUUCGUGCCUUUUCCAGUUUGUUUGUUCUAAAGCUUUCUGUCAUCCUGCCCAAAACCGCACGUUAUAAACCUUAUGGACAAUGUACAACCUUCUGAUGCGAUCUGUGAUUGUUACUUUUCUGCAAUGUAUUUUUUAUUCAUCAGUCUUGAUGUGUGCAUUUUAUAAAUCUUCUCAUUUAACAAAAACGCAUUUUCUGAAUUAAAAUGCCUCCUUCCUGUGUCAUUAUUUACAAAACAACACUAUAAUGGUGUUUUAUUCCAUGUGUAUGCUACACCCAGUAAAUGACAUGGUUUUUUAUCUGUUUAUGGUUAUAUAUAAGAUCAGUGCAAUAAGAGAUUGAGUGUGUUUAUGUAAUUAAUAAACAUUUUGUGAGUUUCUGUCAGAGAAAAUAAAUUAAAACCUUCUGACCAAUCAGAUUUGGGAAUUCUCACAACAUUGCUACAGAAUAAAUUGUAUAUAAUUCAUGGUGUUUUAGGGGAAAGAUAAAAUAUACAACACACACAUACACAGAGUUUCUGUCUGCCAUUUUCUACAGAUUUUUAACUUUGUUUCUGCUUUGGAAUGUAGGUUUUGGUGGCUUUUGUGCUUUCUUUGCAUUGUUUCACCGUGUACACUGUCCACCAGGGGGCGCACAUCAUUACAUGAAGUUUAAACCUGAACAUGGUACAACUCAUUUCUAUGUGAAUGAUGUACUUAUAGGCUAAUUAGUAGGAUAGUCAUUAAUUUGACGUUUUAUAUAAUAUGAUUGGUCUAUUAUUUAAUAAAAAAUAUCAAUAAA